AAAACAAAAAAAACUACAAUAUUAAAGAAAUUAAAAUAGAAAACAAAGUUUUAAUAUAAAACUACAUUUAAAAAGCGAAACAUGCAAAUAAUAAAGAAUAAAAAUAAUAUUAAAUUAACAGACUCAACCUGUUUCAGUAAUAAUUAUAAUCAAGUCGGAAAAAAUAAAUGCAACAUGUUGUUAACACUUGAAACUAACAACAGCAGCAUAAUUUCUAACAAAGGCAACAACAAUAAUAAUUGCUUAACAAGUAUGCAGUGUUUGUGUGGGUGUAUUUCUUGUUGUCACUCAAAUGUAACAACAACAGAAACAAAAACAACAUCAUCAUCAACAACUACUAUAAGAUCUUCGUCAACCAGAACAACAACAGCAGCAGAAAUAGAAACAACAAUGAAAACAUCAGCCUCAUCAUCGUCCACUAAGGACAACUCUAAUUACAUGCAUUGUGCAAAUACAUUCAACACAGACACAUGCAACAACUGUGGCAUGAAUAACGAAAACAACAGUAGCGACAGCUGCUCCAAUAUUAAAAUUAGAAGAAGCAACAGUUUUUGCACAACAAAAAGCAACAGUUUUAGAAAUUGCAUCUUUCACAUCAACAACAAUUUAAACAGUCUCAUCAAGUUUGUCAUUGUUUUGAUAUUCUUCACAUGUUGUGAUUUAUCUCAGGCUGCAUUACGCGACAUAAAUUUAUAUAUUGAACCACCUGCUGUUCGACGUAGCCAAUCGGUGUCAUUACGCUGCCAUUAUACAAUAGAAGGAGCACCGUUGUAUUCGGUAAAGUUUUAUCGUGGUCAGUUGGAAUUUUAUCGUUAUACACCUGGCGAAUAUCCAAAUACAAAAGUCUUUCACUAUCCCGGAAUAAAAGUUGAUGAAAGUGUUUCGAAUGCCACCCAAGUUGUUAUACGCAAUGUGAACUUUGGUCUAUCUGGAACUUUUUCCUGUGAAGUAACAGCCGAUGCACCAUUAUUUUCAACAGCCACCGCAUAUGCUCAAAUGCAGGUUGUCGAAUUUCCUGAUAAACGGCCACAACUAUUUACGGAACUUACACGCUAUGAGCCAGGUGAUGUAUUGCGUGCUAACUGUAGUACACCACCAUCUAGACCCAGGGCAGAAUUAAGAUUUACCAUAAAUAAUAUACCGGUAUCAUCGGAAGAAACACAAUACAUUAGAACAGUUGACAAUUUAAUUGCGUCGAGACUGAGUCUUAAAGUGCAAUUGCAGGCUGUACAUUUUGCUGCUGCUGCUGCCAUCGCCGCCUCUGGCAAUAGUAAUUCACACAUGAUAAAUGCUUUAAAUGGUGGUACUGCUAAUGGUGGUGAUGUUGGUGGAUCUAUUUCUACCUCAUAUGCUAGCAGUGUUGGUUCGGCCUCAGGGGGUGCUUUACUAUUACGUUGUACAGCACAAAUUGGUGAUUUGUAUCAGGAGUAUAAAGAAAUUGAAUUAGGAACACCACAAAGAGAUCCUGUACCAGCUAGAGUGACAUCAUCUGGAGGUGGCUUUAGAGGUUUUCUGGAGACAUAUUUUGGGCCCAGUUCAGCAGCAGCUAAAUGUAAUUUUAAACAUCUGCAAUUUCUCUUGGUAGCCAGCAAUUUAUUAACGAUAUUAUUAAGUUUCUCUCAAACAAGAUAG